UAGUCGAAGGAAUACUUGCAAUUGUUAUAUCAUCUGUCAUCGCAGUACUGAUUGUUCGCAAGAGAAGAAAAAAUGAUCCUUUUGGAAAGAUGGACGAUACAAAACCUACUGAAUGUUCAAAUGAAAAGCAAGGAAUAACACUUCAUGCUUAUGUAAGCUAUAAUGAAUGGAAAGAUUAUAAAAGAAACUCUUUUGAAAUGGAAGUUAUUAAAUCAGAAUAUGAGGGAGUAGAUGAGAAGGAAAAGGAACAUACUAGUUACUGUGAUAUAGGAGAUACAUACAUGGAAUCAUCUGUCGGAGAAUAUGAUACUUCGAAUAACCUAGACAAACGAAAACAAAGUGCGCAUGGCAAUUUAUACGACACCACUUCAGGCAUUCGGAACACUAUUGAUCCUACCUAUAAUACGCUAGAGAGGUUGCCAACAGUAGAUAAUGAUGAGUUCUAUGUUCAUUCAUUUCCCCGUGGAAGAUCAGAAUCUGAUUAUCAUAUUUCCGAUUCGAAGAAACCCGGAAAAAAUGGAGAAAUUAUUGUUUAUGAUAAGGCUUAGGGAGGCUUUGUCAUUCGGGUGUCCAAGUGGCAUUUAAAACUGUCUUACUUGCUGUCUGUCAUAUUUGUUUUCGUUUUUGUUUAGGUCAUAAAUCAGGCAGUUGGUUAUCUCGUUAGAAGCGUUUCAAAUUUUGCGGAACCUCUUAUGGAGCCUUUUAUGGUUUAGUAUCCUAAUUAUGACCCGUACU